UAAAAGAAUAGUAAUUUGCUUACGACUGUUCAGUUUUGAUUUUUCUGUCAUAGAGUGAAAAAAGAAGCAAGUGGAAAUAAGAUCUAGUGAGGAAAAAAAUGAAGACUCCCAUAUUAUUAGUGCUAUGUGCUCUUUGUGGACUAGCUAUUAGUGUGCCCACUUGUAAUUACAGUACAAUAGGCACAACAUAUGUUUGCUUCAUGAACAGUUCCAUUGCUGCGGCAACUGACACAAUCGGAGGAACUAUUGAAGCUGGAAAAUCAGAAACAGACGUAAAACGAGUAACGACACUAGAUGCAGCUAAUAAAGAUUUGAUUAAACUGGUUUUAAACAAAUUUGCAAGCUUAGAGGCACUUCAAAUACAAAAAGGAGGUGUCGCCAGUAUCGACGUAACAGACUUUCCAUCUGGAAAAUGUGGAGCACUAAAACAACUACAAAUUUGGAACGGACAAAUUAAUGCAAUUGGAGCACAGGAUACAAAUAUUUUUGGAGCCUGUUCUUUGAUAGAAGAAAUCGACUUAACAGGAAAUCAAUUGGCUAAACUUCAUUCUGGAUCGCUGCCAACAACUUUGAAAAAGUUAAUCUUAACAAACAACUUAAUCAAUCCAAAUUACCAAACAUCAUCAUUUUUUGGAUCAACAACUUCAUUACCAGGUUUAACUCAUUUAAGUCUAUCGGGAAACAAAAUAUCUACCCUUUCAUUAGUUAAUCUUCCAUCUGAAAUUUUAACUCAUCUCGACUUUUCCAAUAACUUAUUGGCUGAAUUUCCUUUAGUAAACUUACAGAAAAGCACCAAGCUUGUAAGUUUCUACUUAAAUGGAAAUAAAUUAACAUCUAUACCUGAAACAUUAGUUAGUUCAAUGCCUGAUCUAAUAGAAUUAAAACUUGGCUCAAAUCUCAUAACAACAAUUCAUCAAGAUGCCUUCAAAUUAAACACAAAAUUAACAUCAUUGGAUAUUAGUGCUAAUCCUCUUAAAACCUUGAAUGAUGCGGUUUUAAAAAAUAUAUUAACUCUCACGUCACUUGACAUCCACGACAUUCAAUUAGAAUCAGCAAGCUUUACACCUUUAAAAACUGUCUUAGAAGCACUGGCAAAUCUUCAAAAACUUGACAUCAGCAGUAACUCAGUUGGUGCUAUUGACACACUAUUUAUCAAAAAUGUCAAUCUACUGGAUUUAAGCAUCAGCAGCAUGAAGUUGAACCAAUUUACAAAUGAAACAUUCAGCACACUGGUAAAGUUACAAAAUUUGACAUUCAGCAACAACGAAAUUGUUGAAAUUCCUGAUAAACUUUUUGAGAAGACAACGGAAAUGAAAAGAUUAAUUGCACGAGAAAAUAAAGUUGCGAUUUUAAAAGCUUCAACAUUUGCAACCAUGAAGAAUUUGGAAGUUUUGGACUUUACAAGCAAUAAAAUCAACAAAAUUGAAAAAACAUUCUUCGAUCAGUUUACUGGCUUAAAAGAAGUAAGAUUCGCUUCUAACGAGUGCAUCAAUGAAGAUUUCGUGCCAUUUUAUAAAAAUGACACUGCAACAAUGGCAAAAUUCCAGAAAUGCUUUGACAACUACAACUCGGCACGUUCUAUUGUUAUUUCUAAUAUUUUAUUGGUGUUUGUUGCCGCAGUUUUUAAGUUUAUGUAAUUUACUUUGCGAUAAAAAUUCAUAUUAAAUUAUAAAAUAAUAAUCAGUUGAUAAGUUUAUUAUGAAUAAAUAAAGAUUUAAGUAAAAAGAAACAUAAAUAAAUACACCGUAAUAAAUAAA